UCGGCAGGGAGCGCACUUCCGGUGCCCUUUCUGCCGCGAGUCCCACGGCCCCCGAUCCUCGUGUGCAGGGCGAGGUCCGUAAACUGGGGUGGGGGUAGAAGCUGGCGGGCACCCCCUCCUGACCGCCGGUGCCGCCGCCUGCAGGAGGAUCAGACAUGGCCCAGAACUUAAAGGACCUAGCGGGACGCCUGCCCGCCGGGCCUCGGGGCAUGGGCACGGCGCUGAAGCUGCUGCUGGGGGCCGGGGCCGUGGCCUAUGGCGUCCGCGAAUCCGUGUUCACCGUGGAAGGUGGUCAUAGAGCCAUCUUCUUUAACCGGAUCGGCGGCGUGCAGCAGGACACCAUCCUGGCCGAAGGACUCCACUUCAGGAUCCCCUGGUUCCAGUACCCCAUCAUCUAUGACAUUCGGGCCAGACCCCGAAAGAUCUCCUCCCCCACAGGUUCCAAAGACCUGCAGAUGGUGAACAUUUCCCUGCGGGUACUGUCUCGACCCAAUGCCCAGGAGCUCCCCAGCAUGUACCAGCGCUUAGGGCUAGACUAUGAGGAGCGAGUCCUGCCGUCCAUUGUCAACGAGGUGCUCAAGAGCGUGGUGGCCAAGUUCAACGCCUCGCAGCUGAUCACCCAGCGGGCUCAGGUGUCCCUGUUGAUCCGGAGAGAGCUGACGGAGCGUGCCAAGGACUUCAGCCUCAUUCUGGACGAUGUGGCUAUCACCGAACUGAGCUUUAGCCGCGAGUACACAGCUGCUGUAGAAGCCAAACAAGUGGCCCAGCAAGAAGCCCAGCGGGCCCAGUUUUUGGUGGAAAAGGCCAAGCAGGAACAACGGCAGAAGAUCGUGCAGGCCGAGGGGGAGGCCGAGGCUGCCAAGAUGCUUGGAGAAGCACUGAGCAAAAAUCCCGGCUAUAUCAAGCUCCGAAAGAUCCGGGCCGCCCAGAACAUCUCUAAGACGAUCGCCACCUCACAGAACCGCAUCUAUCUGACAGCCGACAACCUCGUGCUGAAUCUCCAGGAUGAAAGCUUUACUCGGGGAAGUGACAGCCUCAUUAAGGCCAAGAAAUGAGUUGUGGACGUCAGGAACUCCGCCAGCAGAGGAGUGGAUGCAUUUCUAAUCCAGUUGUGAGGAGCCGGCCAGGGAGGUCAAGCACAGCCCACCCUGACCCAAGCAUCAUGUGAUGGAUUUCUCUGUACUCGUCCUCUUGGAUUAAGGAAGACUGAAGACCAACCCUUUCAGAGGACUUUUCUUCCUCCUUGUAUUGGCCUGAGGGAGGGGGGAGACAGUGUGAUUUCUCAGUGACUUCCUACAGUGUUGUCCCUUCCCCAGAGUGGGGGAGAUAACCAACAUCCCAGAAGUUCUCAAUAAAAUUUUUAUUAAACCGAA